AUGGAUCCGGAGAAUCAGACAGGGGUGGCCGAGUUCUAUUUCUCCGAUUUCCCUCCGUUUGGGAAUGGCAGCCUCUUACUCUUCACUCCUCUGCUCUUUAUUUAUGUGUUCAUUAUUGUGGGAAACUUCACCAUCUUCUCUGCUGUCUGGCUGGACGCCCGCCUCCACAACCCCAUGUACAAUCUCAUCAGUGCCUUCUCCUUCCUGGAGGUCUGGUACACCACAGCCACCAUCCCCAAGAUGCUCUCCAACCUCAUCAGUGAGAAGAAGACCAUCUCUUUCAUUGGCUGCCUCCUGCAGAUGUAUUUCUUCCACUCGCUUGGGGUCACAGAAGCCCUAGUCCUCACGGUGAUGGCCAUCGACAGGUACAUUGCCAUCUGCAACCCCCUCCGCUAUGCAAUCAUUAUGACCUCUCGGCUAUGUGUUCAGCUUUCCACCGGGUCUUGCAUCUUUGGCUUCCUUAUGCUGCUGCCAGAGAUUGUGUGGAUUUCUACUCUUCCCUUUUGUGGCCCCAACCAAAUCCAUCAACUCUUCUGUGACUUUGAACCCGUGCUGCGCUUGGCCUGUACAGACACGUCCAUGAUUCUGGUUGAAGACGUGAUCCAUGCCAUUUCCAUCCUGACUUCUAUGACUGUCAUCAGCCUUUCGUAUUUAAGAAUCAUCACAGUGAUCCUGAGGAUUCCCUCAGGGGCGAGCCGUCAGAAGGCGUUCUCCACUUGUGCGGCCCACAUUACUAUUUUCUUGCUGUUUUUUGGCAGCGUGGCCCUCAUGUACCUGCGCUUCUCUGUCACGUUCCCACCUCUACUGGACAAGGCCAUUGCACUGAUGUUUGCUGUCCUUGCCCCGCUUUUCAACCCGAUAAUUUAUAGCCUGAGGAACAAAGACAUGAAAGAUGCCAUCAGGAAAGUUCUCUGUUUCCGAUCAAUGUUCAAUGUCUCUGGUAGCCAAUGA